UCCCUAAGUGCGUUCUUACAACAUGGUGAUUUAGAAAAAUAGUCUGGUCCGCAUUUAAAUAAAUGCCAUUUUUUAAAACUCUAAAUAAAGUCUUUUAAUCAUUUUCGCUUUUCUGUCCACUGCUAUAAACAUAACAUAUUUAAAAAGAUAACAAUGUUGCUGUGACUUCCAAUAUAGAGCCAGUAAACCCGUUUUACUGUCGGUCGAGUUUUGCUUUUGGCCACCGGAAGUCGUUAUUUUCUGAAAAAAAAAAAUCACUAGAAAUCAGUAAUUAGAAGCAAUGUCUGACUUCUUUGAAGAUGAGGCUGAAGUGUCGGGGGAAUCCAGUGAGGAAGGAUCAGUGUUGGGUUCCAGUCGAUCAGGAUCAGGCUCUGGGUCAGGUUCUGGUUCAGAUGCAGGAUCAGAUGUGUCGGGUGGGGCUAGGAAGAAGAAAUUGAAAAAAAAGAAAGAUAUUAAGAAGAAGAAAAAGAAAAUUCUGUCCGAUGAUGAAGACGAGGAUGAGGAAGAAGAAAUAGAUGAGGCAGCAAUAGCAGAAGAGAUGAAAGACUUUAUAAAUGAAGAUGAUGAUGUUGAAGAAGAAGGAGAAGAUGAAGAGGAAGGUGGUGGUGAGAAACGUAAACAUGAGUCGGAGGAAGAAGAAGACGAUCAACUAGAGGAUGAGGACUACGAUCUUAUUGAAGAAAACCUGGGAAUUAAAGUGCAGAGAGCAAAGAAGUUAAAACGUAUCAAGCGUGUAAUAUCAGAUGAUGAAGAUAGUGAAAAAGAGGAGGAGACAGAGGGUCAGGCACAAGAAAGAAUUGCUAAUGAAUUAUUUGAGGGUGACGAUGAUGUGGAGGAAGAUGAUGACGAUGCUAGAUCGAGAAUGACGAGGGCUGAGACUGAGGCUAGAGAUCUUGCUGUAGAGGGCUCAGAUGAGGAGGAUGAGCUGGAUGAUUUUAUUGUGGAUGAUCAAGGUCAACCAAUUGGUGGCAGGAAGAAGAAGAAACACAUCAUUCAUUCUGAUGCAUUGUUACAAGAAGCUCAGGAUAUAUUUGGUGUAGAUUUUGACUAUGAUGAGUUCAAAGAUUAUGGUGACGAGGAGGAGGAGGAAGAAGAAGAAGAUGAAUAUUUGGACGAGGAUGAAUUGGAAGGAGAGGAGGGCGGAGAAAGAAAAGUAAAAAAGAAACGUCCAAAAGGUGCCAGCAAAGCCUCUUCAACAUACGAGCCAGAAGCAUUGUCGAGGGCUUUCAUGACAGAACAGGACAGUGUUAUAAGAAGUACAGAUAUGCCAGAGAGAUUUCAGCUUCGUCAGGUACCAGUGAAAGAGACCGAGGAAGGUGAACUAGAGGAGGAGGCUGAGUGGAUAUAUAAACAAGCUUUCAAUACACCUCCUGUCUCUACACAGACAUUUCUUGAUCAAGAGUCUGGAGGUAGCUAUGGUUUCAGUAAGAAAGGCCCAAGUAUGGUAGAAAAGAUAAAGAAAGCUGUAGACUUUAUGAGGAAUAAACAUCAUGAAGUACCAUUCAUAGCUUUCUACAGAAAGGAGUAUGUGGAACCAGAUCUAAAUAUCAAUGAUUUAUGGAGGGUUUGGCACUGGGAUGAAAGAUGGACACAACUUCGCACUAGAAAACAAAACUUGAUACGCUUGUUUGAGAGGAUGCAGAAUUAUCAGUAUGAGGUGAACUCUGACCCAGAUAAAGUUCUCGAGAGUAAUAUUCGGACAUUGACGGAGGAAGAUAUUGACAGAGUAAAGAAAGUGGAAACAAUGGAGGAGUUACGAGACGUGUAUAACCAUUUUCUCUUGUACUACGGUUCGGAUAUUCCCAAGAUGCGUAAUUUAGAGAAAGUGAAGCGUCGGGAAGAGAAAAACGAGGAGCGAGGGGAGGACGAGCCUCGGGAAGAUGAUGAUGACCAUGAUCAAGUGAAACAAGCUUCUAGAAAGUCUGGAUACACGAUUUGUGUGAAAAAUAAACUUGAUGAAAUAGCACUAAGGUUUGGAUUAACACCAGAACAGUUUGGUGAGAAUCUACGUGAUAAUUACCAGAGACACGAUGUAGAUCAGUGUCCGAUGGAACCACUAGAAUUGGCUGCUGAUUAUGUAGCAGGGCAAUUCCCAACAGCAGAUGAAGCUAUGCUAGGUGCUCGUCACAUGGUUGCCAUGCAACUGUCACAUGAUCCCCUUGUUAGACAGUGUGUGAGAACAGCUUACUUUGAGAGAGCCAGGAUUCAUGUUGGUCCUACGAAGAAGGGACAGAAGGUAGUAGAUGAGUCUCAUCCUUGUUAUCCACUGAAAUACUUGAAGAAUAAGCCAGUGAGGGACUUGAAGGAUGAACAGUUUCUGAGAUUGACAGAUGCAGAGGCUGACCAGAUUUUAUCAAUCAAGAUCACAAUGGACGAGGACACAGAUAAUCCAAACAUACAGACUUACUACGAGGAAAUCAGACAGUUAUAUUACAGGGAUGAGUUUAGUCAUCUUGUACAGCAGUGGAACAUACAGAGAAGUCAGGCCUUGGAAAGAGCUCUGACAAAAAUACUUUACCCACAGCUGGAGAAAGAACUUCGCCUUAAACUUAUACAGGAGGCUAAAGAGGGAAUUCUUAAAGCUUGUUGUAGAAAGUUAUAUAACUGGUUAAAGGUGGCACCAUACCAGGCCGAACAACAGAUGGAGGAUGAUUAUGAUUUUGUUGAUAAUGAACAAGGUGUAAGAGUGCUUGGUAUUGCCUAUAUCAAUGAACAAGACACAACAUCAUUUGGAUGUAUGGUUAAUGGGGAAGGGGAGGUAACUGACUAUAUCAGACUUCCAUACCUGAAAAAUCGAACAAGAACACAGAGGGAGAAAGAGAGAGAAGAAAAGGAGAAAGAUAUGGAGAAAUUAAAGGAUUUUAUUGAGACCAAGAAACCCCAUGUCAUAGCUGUUACUGCAGAAAAUAUUGAUGCGUUGAUGAUAGUAGAUGAUAUAAAGAAGGUGAUAGCAGAAUUAGAACAAGAGGCUCAGAUGCCACCUAUCAGUGUUGAGUUGGUAGAUAACGAACUUGCCAUGGUGUAUGCCAACAGUGCCAGAGGUGAUGAGGAGUUUAGAGAGUAUCCACCAGUGUUACGACAUGCAGUAUGUGUGGCUAGAAGAUUACAGGAUCCUCUGAUAGAGUUUGCCCAGUUAUGUAAUCAAGAUGAGGACAUUCUCUGUCUCAAAUAUCAUCCUCUACAGGAUACUUUAGCCAAGGAGGACUUGUUAAAUGCUUUACAUUUAGAGUUUGUCAACAGAGUAAAUGAAGUUGGUGUAGAUGUAAACAGAGCAAUAGCCAACAGUCAUACUGGAGUACUUGUGCAAUUUAUCUGUGGGCUCGGACCCAGGAAAGGAGCUGCUCUGCUUAGGACAUUAAGACAGAACAGUUACCGUUUGGAGAAUAGAACCCAUCUUGUCACACUGUGUAGAAUGGGUCCUAAAGUGUUCAUAAACUGUGCUGGUUUCAUCAAGAUUGAUACAAACUCUCUUGGAGACAGUACGGAAGCAUAUGUUGAAGUGUUGGACGGAUCUCGUGUACAUCCCGAAUAUUAUGAGUGGGCCAGGAAGAUGGCUGUUGACGCAUUGGAAUAUGAUGACACGGCUGAAGAUGCCAACCCAGCUGGUGCUCUCGAAGAAAUCUUAGAGAGCCCUGAACGUUUGAAAGAUCUUGAUUUAGAUGCUUUUGCAGAAGAAUUGGAGAGACAGGGAUAUGGAGACAAACAUAUCACAUUGUAUGAUAUAAGAGCAGAAUUAAAUCACAGAUACAAGGAUCUGAGAACACCAUACAGAUCUCCAACCAAUGAGGAAAGGUUUAACAUGAUCUCCAAGGAAACCCCAGACACAUUCUAUAUUGGUAAAUUAUUGAUGGUACGUGUCACUGGUAUUGCUCAUAGAAAGCCUCAUGGUGAACAAUUAGAUCAGGCAGAUCCCGUCAGGAAUGAGGAGACUGGAUUGUGGCAGUGUCCAUUCUGUAAUAAAAAUGACUUCCCUGAACUCAGUGAGGGCACUAAGGCGACAAUAUAUGUAAAUAGUAAGUUUCAAAUGAGGAUUUUUGUAACCAUAUAUAUAUUGCAGGUUGGAAUGAUGGUACAUUCAAGAAUUAUAAAGAUUGAUAUUGACAGAUUUACAGUAGAUCUUACAACCAAAUCAUCUGAUCUCAUAGAUAAAGAGAACCAAUGGAAACCACAAAAAGACUUAUAUUAUGAUAUGGAUAGAGAGAAGAAUGAAUCAGAACAUGAAGAAGAGAAGAAGAAAAUACAAGCUAGACAAUCAUACAUUAAGAGAGUUAUUGCUCACCCUAACUUUCACAAUAUUGGUUACAAGGAAUGUGAGAAGAUUUUAUCUAACAUGGACCAGGGUGAAUGUAUUAUACGUCCCAGGCAGUAAGUGUAUAAAGGUUGAUAACAUUGUCUUUUGACCUGGAAGGUGGCUGAAGGAGUCUUACAUCAUAUAGAUAUCAAAGAGGAAGGCAAGGAAAAUGCAUUCAGUUUGGGAUCAUCGUUGUUGAUAGGGGGAGAAGAAUUUGAAGAUUUGGAUGAAAUCAUUGCACGUUACAUUCAGCCAAUAGCAUCACAUGCUCGAGAUAUCAUCAACUUUAAAAACUACCUGGACUCUGACUGUGGUAAAAAGGAAAUUCUGGAAAAGAAAUUAUAUGAAGAUAAGAAGAAGGCACCAUCUAGAAUACCAUAUUAUUUGAGCUCAACUAAACAGUACCCAGGUAAAUUUCUGCUGUCCUAUAUGCCUCGAACAAAACCACGUCAUGAAUAUGUCACCGUGACGAUAGAAGGGUUCCGGUAUAGACAUAAAACUUUCCACUCAAUAAACUCAAUGAUGAGAUGGUUCAAGGAACAUUUCCGAGACCCGUUGGUUGGCACGCCCAGUCACAGGACACCUGUCGGACAAACACCAAAUUUCAGUCUACAAGGUGUGGAUGCAGCUACUAUUCAGAGAGCAGCAGCAGGUUUACCUAGCAAUAUCUACAACACCCUGGCCCAGGUGGCUGGUGUGACGCCUGCAGGGGUUACCCCCGGAGUUACACCCAGAGUUACACCUGGAUUCACGCCAGGUUUCACACCAAGGACCGGCUUCACUCCACAUACUCCACAGGUUGGAGGAUCCUCUAGUAGCAACUUUGCUGGUGGUUUUAGUGGAGGAUUAAAUUAUAGGCCUCAAAACCAAGUGGGUUCUACACCAAUGAUGACCCCAGCUGGUCAGGCAACCCCGUCAUAUCAACCAACCCCCAAAUCUCAGUGGCCAGGUGCCACACCUAGAACCCCUAGAAGUAGUGGUCAAUCUUCAUCAGGUGCUAAACCAGGAGGUAGUGCAGGCACAGAUUGGGCCAAGGCGGCCGAAAUGUGGGCCAAACAUAAAAAGAUGGCACCAGGUACGCCACGUAGUCCAGCUGUACGACCAUCUCCACGACGUGUGGAACAGUCCCCAGCUGGAGAUGCCACACCAUUGUUUGACGAGAGAUAAAAAUAGAAUAUUUGAGAUUUUUGAAAACUCCUGAAUGUUUUAUACAUAUUUGUCUUAUCAGACAGAGAGGGUUUACAAACGGAAUUUCUGUGUACAGAUGAAAUUGUUCUUGAAUUUGUACAGAAAUAAUUGUGGACAUGUAAUGACAGAGUAGCUCUGUGUAAUAUAAUGGCUGAGUUGGAGAGUAAGCUGAUUCUGAGCUAUAAAUAGAAUAUGCCUGUAG